AAUUAAUUUGGAUCUAGUUGAUGGUAAAAUGUUUCGCCAAAGUGAUCUUGAUCUAAAUUUAGUUUACAAUUUUGGUGAUCCAUUAAAGGAGACAUUGAAGCAGACAAUGCUCAACCAAGAGCUUCAUUUCAAGCUGCAGAUUCGUUGGUGGAGUCAUAAGUAAAAAUGCGGUACCGGUCGUAAUCGUGCUAAUAGAAUGGUGAUGCGGUAACGGGAGUGAUACGCUUAUCUAACGCCUAAAUAUCGGUCAAAUCAUAAGAUAUCCCUUGAUACGGCCCGGAAUGCGAUUAUUUAUACACACCUUUACGACGCACGGAAUAUCAGUUUGUUUGUUUGACGACCUUUACAUCGUGGCUGAUGCGAAUUGUGAUGCGAUGCGGCCUUGUUUUUACACUAUGGGUGGAGUAGAUUCUCAUUUUCCUUCUACAAAGAGGACAAUUUUGGAUGCUCAUUAGUUUCAAUAUUUAAACUUCAUCAAGUGUACAAGGUCUACCGUCAGGACUUUGCACACAAGGGUUCAAAUGAUUGUAGAUUCUAUCAUAGAGGCAUUACAUAGCACUUUACACAGAAGGGUUUGUAUGAUUACAAUUUGCUUAACAAAUGCAUGAGUUCAGCCCUUUGAUACCCUAAUAAUCAAUCUACACAAACCCCUUCAUAUGUCUGGAAGUGCUUUUUUGUUUUUCUUUUGUUUGUGGGUUGGGUUGAAGGGUUGUCAAUGAUAAUUUUCUGUGAUGUCUUCUUGGUGUAGCGAUCUUUUUCGAUCAGGUACUAGUAGCAAUUGCUUGAAUGACCUUGUAAUAAUGUUUUCCUGGCUGGUUUCUUGCAAUCUGAAAACCUUGAUUUGCACCGCGAAUUACAGCAGCACUCUGUCCUUGCUAUUAUGCAAAAACCUCUAGAACUCCAACUUCCUGCUGAUGAGUACAUUAACCAAUGUGUUGAGGGAAAUGUGGUAGUCACCAGUUGCUUACAAGAAUCCAUUCAGUCAAGGAAUUCUUCUCAGGAUAAACUUGGUUUUUGUCUUGAAUAUCCGAAUCUUUCUUUGAGCAUUGGACGAGAUGCUUGCAAGAUAAACAAAGAACACAUAUCAUCCUGGAAGGGAAAGAAUAAUUUUUCAUCCUCUUUCGACAUCAUUGAUCUUGAAGAUGCAAAUUCGAGCUUUCCAUACUAUAAUGCCAAUCUUGGAUUUACUUCAAGUUCUGCUACUACGAGUUCUUGUUCAAGAGACAAACACAAGAUAGACUGCUUUUUGAAAAGAGGCAGGCAGAAGCUAGAAAGCUUUCCCCAAAUCGACAUUUGGAAUGGCUCUUAUCAAUAUAAACCAAGUAAAUCUUUUGUAGAUGUUGAUCCAAGCUGUCAGACACGAUCGCUUUGUGACUCAGGAAUAUAUGGGCACUACAAAAAUUUCUUUCUUGCUAAUCACUUGAGUGAAAAUAAGAAGUUUGCUUGUAAAGUAAAUAAUUGGGACCUUAAUGUUGUGCAACUUGAGGACCCAUCAUACUUUUCAAAUGACUCAAUGGUGAUGAAUUCAUCUAUAACUAGCUUAUUACCUGUGUUGGAUAGAGUAUGUCCCAAGUCGAAAGUAAGCUCUUUUGUCGACCCUGCUUCUUCAAGGGAAUUCACGAAAAUGCACAAGAUUCAUUACCAAAAAGAAGCGGGUUCUCGAGUAUAUGAAGGAAAAAUGUGUUAUAAGGAGGGUAAGGUUGUAGUAGGCAAUGGAGCCGACAUCAGCUUUGUUGAUCUUGAUUCUGAUUCAUGUGAAGAUCUUUGCAGUAACAGAUCUGAUCCGAACAUUUCGAGUGUGGGUUCAUUGUCAAAAAUUUCAAAUGGUCUUUCAUGCAAAAUGGAAGUAAUGGAUGCAGUUCGAGUGGAAGCAAAUUUGGACAAGAGUGUAGAACCCUUUGAUCAGCCGAAUUGCAGCAAGUUGAUCAGCUCCUCUGAGUCUGAAUGUAUGGUUGAUAACCAUUCAAGCAGCACAAAGACCAUGCAGUCUUGUGCUGGAUGUGAUGAUAUUGUAGCCCCAUAUUCAGGAAAGGACCUAAGAUCUUCUGUCAGCACAGAAUCGAAUAUUCAGUGCGCUAGUAGGAAAAAACCAGAAGAAGUUGAUGGAAUAGUUCAAACAGCUGCUAAAUUACUUGUGCAAAUGGCUACGGAAGCUGAAACUUGCUGUGAAGAUGAAAUGUCAAGACUGGCCUCGGAGAAGGUACAGAAUCAAGAGAACGAAUUACUGAUCGUAGAAGAGGAUCAGCCUCAGUGUUCUUCAGAUUCUUAUGAGGCGAUAAUACUGAAGACAGACGAGACUAGCCCUAAUGAGUAUUGUAGUUCCUCGAAUGCACUUCUAGUGGACGAAUCAGAGAAGAAGGAUUUGAAGUAUAAGCUAAAAAGGGGAACCCGAAUGAGAGAUUUUCAGAAAGACAUACUGCCUAGCCUAUCCACCUUAUCAAGGCAUGAAAUCCGAGAAGAUGUAAGCAUUUUUGAAGGUAUUAUAAGAUCCCGGGAAUACAAAAGAAUCAGGGCAAAAAUGGCUGACAAAGAAGGCAAUUGGUGUACGUCAACAAGGAACACGAGGUCAAGACUCAACAGAAGGUAUUAUCUUUGAUGAGAAAUUGUGAGAUAGUAAGAACACAGGUCUUAUAACAGAGCUUAUAUUUAGGACAAUUCAUGUCCAAAUAAUCUAUUCCUUUUAAGGCUUCAACUUAUAGAUGACCAUGUAUUCAACUUUAUAGUGCACGGUAAUACCUGUAGAGCUUGUCACAUAAAUUUUUCAAUUUAGAUGGAAUAGUGAGUAAAUUCUAAACAAUUUUUAUACAUAUAUUGUCAUGAACAUAAAACAUUAGUUGAUUGUUAUGCUGCAUCUUGCAUGCCCGGCAUGAAUGUUUCAAAGAAUAUCGGCUUUUUA